UUUUUUUUUGGCCGUUUGUGCGCGCGUGUGUACGCGCGCGCGAGUGUGUGCGAGAGUGUGCGCGCGUGUGUGCAUGUGCGCGCGUGUGCGUGUGUGAUGUUACCUUGUGGAAGGUGUGCAGCGGGAAAGACACUGGCUGGACUCGACAUCUGCGUCUGAUCUGCCCUGUUUCUGGAAGCGCCAUGUCCCUGGAAUGAAGGAAGCAAAUCGAACAUGGAUAUAAUCUGGGAGAUCCUGAUUAUUCUUCAAGCCAAUCUCAUCGUCUGUACAACAGCUCAGCCAGGACCCCCGAAAAUUCAUGAGGGAUGGUGGGCGUACAAAGAGGUCGUACAAGGGAGCUUCGUUCCAGUUCCAUCCUUUUGGGGUCUUGUGAAUUCAGCAUGGAACCUGUGUUCGGUGGGGAAAAGACAGUCUCCAGUCAACAUUGAGACCAGCCAUAUGAUAUUUGACCCCUUUUUGACACCGCUGAGACUGAACACUGGGGGCAGGAAGGUGGGAGGGACCAUGUACAACACCGGCCGUCACGUCUCGCUACGUCUGGACAAGGAGCACUUGGUGAACAUCUCAGGCGGACCGAUGACAUACAGCCACCGACUGGAGGAAAUCAGGUUACACUUUGGCAGUGAAGACGGACAGGGCUCGGAGCAUCUCCUCAACGGCCAGGCCUUCUCCGGGGAGGUACAACUGAUCCACUACAACCACGAGCUCUAUACUAACUAUACAGAAGCUGCGAAGAGUCCAAACGGCUUGGUGAUCGUGUCUAUAUUCAUGAAGAUAUCCGAGACUUCAAAUUCCUUUUUGAAUCGGAUGCUGAACAGAGAUACCAUCACUAGAAUAACAUAUAAGAAUGAUGCUUAUUUACUCUCCGGGCUAAACAUCGAGGAGGUCUAUCCCGAGACGUCGAGUUUCAUCACCUAUGAAGGAUCGAUGACUAUCCCACCAUGCUUUGAGACUGCGACAUGGAUUCUAAUGAACAAGCCGAUAUAUGUCACAAAAAUGCAGAUGCACUCCAUGCGGCUGCUCAGCCAGAACCAGCCUUCACAGAUAUUCCUCAGCAUGAGUGAUAACGUGCGUCCGGUCCAGCCCCUGAACAACCGCUGCAUCCGCACCAACAUCAACUUCAGCAUGCAGGGCAAGGACUGUCCCAACAACAGGGCUCAGAAGCUGCAGUACCGAGUGAAUGAAUGGCUGCUGAAAUAGACCCCUUUCAUGGACGAGCCCAAAUAUAAAACAAGACACCAAGAAAAAGGGGGGAGAAAAAGGAUGAAAGACAGCGGAGGAGCGGAACGGACUCUCGACUGCAUCACAUUUGUCCUGCCAGAUAGUCAUGACAUUGUAAAGGGAAAAAAGCGAAAAAUAAAGUAUAUAAAAAAAUAAUAAUAAUAACUUCAAUAAGAAGAGACUUUUGCAAAAAAAAAAUAAAAAAUAAAAAAGGACUCUGUUUCAUACAUCAGCUCAAAACCAGUGAAGUACAAAUAGGUUUUGAUACGUUUUUGGUGAAAAAUAAAUAAAGAAAAAAAAGAAAAAAAAAACGUACAAAAAAUUGAAAUAUUUAUUUCAUAUUCACUUCACAAACUGGAACUUAAGAUGUCUUUUUAAACUUUGUACAUACGGAUACCUUACUGCAAAGCGUCCAAGCCCUAAACAUCAGGAUGGACAUUGAGCCAGAGACUGAAAUCGGGAGUAUCCUCAUAACUGCAUUGUCUUAAUCAUAACUCUGGGACACGACAGAAAGGACGACAGGAUGGCAUGGAGGACAUGAUGGCUGCCACGCUAAAGACGCAACAGAGGAAUGUACGCGAGAGCUGUUUUGGAGACACAAUGAGGGGUCUGGCCUUGUAAAUAGAAUUAUUCAUGCUGAAGAUUAACAUGUAAAGCUUCAAAUAAACAUUAAAAAAAAGAAUAUAUCAGAGGGAAAAAUCCUAAAAAAAAAAAAAAACAUUGAAUAUUUUAUGCUUGGCACACUAAAUUUCUGGAGGAGAGCUGAUGCCUUUUUUCUGUUUUAUCGUUUACAAUGGUCCUACACUGUGUUUGUUUAAUGUUAUCGGCCCAAUAAAUGUGUUUGGAAC